AUGGCAGUGAAUGUGUACUCCACGUCAGUGACCAGUGAUAACCUAAGUCGACAUGACAUGCUGGCUUGGAUCAAUGAGUCUCUGCAGUUGAAUCUGACAAAGAUUGAACAGUUAUGCUCAGGGGCUGCUUAUUGUCAGUUUAUGGACAUGCUGUUUCCAGGUUCCAUUGCCUUGAAGAAAGUGAAAUUCCAAGCUAAGCUAGAACAUGAAUACAUCCAGAACUUCAAAAUUCUACAAGCAGGAUUUAAAAGGAUGGGUGUUGACAAAAAGUUUUUUGAUGCAAACUAUGAUGGAAAAGACUAUGACCCUGUAGCUGCCAGGCAAGGUCAGGAAACUGCAGUGGCUCCUUCCCUCGUCGCUCCGGCACUUAAUAAACCGAAGAAACCUCUUGGCACUAGUAGUGCAGCUCCACAGAGGCCCAUUUCAACACAGAGAACUACUGCAACUUCUAAGCCUGGCCCUGGUGUGGUGAGAAAGAAUCCUGGUGUGGGCAAUGGGGAUGAUGAAGCAGCUGAAUUGAUGCAGCAGGUCAACGUAUUGAAGCUUACUGUUGAAGAUUUGGAGAAGGAGAGAGAUUUCUACUUUGGAAAGCUAAGGAACAUUGAAUUGAUUUGCCAGGAGAAUGAGGGGGAAAACGACCCCGUAUUGCAGAGGAUUGUGGACAUUCUCUAUGCCACAGACGAAGGUUUUGUGAUACCUGAUGAAGGCGGCCCACAGGAAGAACAGGAAGAGUAUUAA